CUUCAGGAGACACACACCACCAGCGCGUGUGUGAUUGAGACGAGACGUAGACACCGUGCAGGAGAAACCGACCAGUGUGCAAGGAGGAUUUAAGAGCAGCGGAGAGGCUGAGAGAAACAUAGACAUAGGCACACAGGUGACUUUUGUCGUCGCCCUGAACCUACAGGAUGUUUAAGAAGAAAGAUCAGAGCGUUAAGGAUGCCGCCAAGGACAGCAGCACCCUCAAGUCUUCGUCCAAGAUGAGCAAGUCUCAGGUGAACGACCUGGCCUUGCUGAUUGCUCGCAUGCAGAAGAAUGCUGACACGGUGGAAAAAGAUGUACUCAGGGCUGAGGACCUGCUGGUCAUUGAUGCAGAAAACGACAAGAAAAAUAUCCCGCUUAAACACCAAAAGGAGAACUCCGAGUGUCUGUCCGAGGCCGAAGGACUCCUCAAGGAUCUCUUCCUGGAUUUGGACAAAGCCAAGAAAAUGAAACACCCCCAAACAGGAGAGAUCGAGAAAGAUGUGAUUCGGCUUCAUGAGCGUUGGCUGAAGGACUGCGUGUUUUACCGUGACCUCUACAAGCAGUUGAACGAGGUCGGCCUGCAGCCGCGCAUCAACUGGGUCCAGGUGUUCAUCCAGAAACAGAAAGAGGUCAAUUCAGAGGCGUAUGGGCCCAGCAUGGCUGCACUGGAGAAACAGAUCGCAGCCCACAAUAUACUACACAAGGAGAUCGAAGCCUACAGCACACAGCUCAGCCCAGACAGCACCAGCUCAAAGGAGGAAUAUGCUGCACUCAAGAAGCAGUAUGCCAAUCUCUUGGACAACUCGAAAUGGCGCCAACACUACUUGAACAGCCUGUACGACUACAUGCAGAGCUGCAAUAAAGAGGUCGGCUACCUAAGGGACGAACAGGGGAAGAUCCUCCAACAGGACUGGAGUGACCACAUGGUGGAUCCACCGGACGUCCGGCGCCGUUACGAGAACUUCAAAAACAACAGCUUGCUGUCUCAUGAAAGUGAGGUGAACAAACUGCAGGAUGACGGGGAUCGUCUUAUAGAGAUGAAACAUCCUGCCUCAAACACCAUCCAGGACCACAGAGACAACCUGAGGAACGAAUGGCAGAGAUUUCUGAACCUCUGCAUCUGCCAAGAAACACACCUGGACAAUGUGGAGGAAUACAAAAAGUACCAACUGGAUGCCGAGACGUUGUCGGAGUCGUUAUCAGGCCUCAGUACCACUUUGGACCCCAAAUCCCUCUCUAAAAAGACCAACACUGAGACUCAACUACAGCUAGAGACAGAGGAGAGGCCCCUCCAGCGCUGUGAGACACUCUUAGCAGACCUAAGAAAGCGCAGCACCACCAUCGCUCCUCUCAAACUCCGGCGCACAACCCCGAACCGACCCAUCACCGUCGAGUCUCUGUGUGACUGGAACACACCCACGGCCUCCAUCUCCAGAGGCGAGAAGCUCACCUUGAAGUCCAACAGCAACAUUGCAAAAUGGGACGUGCAUUCACCUGACGGCUCCGUCAACUCCUUUCCUGGAGUGUGCUUCCUGAUUCCUCCACCCGACACAGAGGCAGUUAACAAAGUCGAUCUUUUGGGCAAAGAGCUGGAUGACCUGAAGAAAAGGCGUACAGCCAUGCGUGCCUCAAUGAAGACUCAGGGCCCUGAAUCUAUAAGAGCAGUGCAAUCAGGCCUGGUAUCUAGUGCUGCCGAAGGCCCUAGAGCUACAGAACUCACUGGACGUCUGAAUCAGUUGGACAGUGACCUGGCCCUGGCAGAAUUGGACAUUAAGAACCGAAUGAGAGCCCCACUGGACAACAAUAACCCUGCUGGGGAUCUUACUAGCCGUCUGAAGGAACAAGAGAAAGCGGCAGCAGUUCUACGGCAGCUUGAGCAGCAAAAGGCAGCUGUGCAGAAGGAGAUUGAGCCGCUCGUAUCUCGGGAUACCAAGAACCCAGUGUCUUCCAGUCUACCUGAGAGACUGAACCAGACCAAAAACAAACAAGACAGCCUGGCUGGGCUUAAUGAUCUCUACACCAAGAAAGCUAAUGCAUCCCUAAACUUGGAGAACCAAAUAAGAAAGGCGGAUGCGAUGGUUUCUGGUUUUGAGAAGCAGCUGAGUAAAGAUGGUCCCGUUUUGGAUUUUCCCAACUCCCUCCAGAACCGCAUCCACGAUGUGCAAACUCUGAAGAAAGACGUGGUUGCGGCUCAGCCUGAGAUGCAGAAGCUGAACAAGGAUCUGGAGACAACAGAAAAACUGUGUAGUUCCCUCCAGCAGGGCUAUCAGGAGUACUGCCCUGACAUCCGCAGGCAGGAGGCUCAGGUUAAAAGCCUGCAGAACCGCUACGCUAACCUAAACAACCAGCUAACCGACAGGGAGAGCCUUUUGCAAGGAGCUAGCACCAAGAAUAAUGACUUCCAGAGCGCUACUGAAUCACUCGGCACAUUCCUGGACAAUUUGCCCAACAACAAGAUCAGACCCUCGGACGAUUUAGCCACAGUCAACACAAAGCAGAUUUCCCAGGAGAGAGUUGUUGAGGACAUUAAAAGGAAAGGUUAUGAAGUGGACAGGAUGGUCGAUCUCUCUCAGGAUCUGCAAGAUAUCCUUACUGAAUACGACAUGAGCUCUGAUAAAUACAGAGCUACUUUGAAAAACCCUGAUGUAGGAGAUAGAAGGGUGUCCUCCCCGACGCUGGCAGAGUCUGUGGCAAAACAGGAAAAAGCUUUAGUGAACCGUUUCGCUAACACCUCAGCUGCGAAUGAACAGGUGCUCAAUCAGAUGGACUUAGCCAAGAACCUCCUUGCAAAGAAGGAGGAGAAAGUAGCCGUCAUUCAGCAGCAGCAGCAGCAACAACAAAAAAGUAUGGUAGAGUUUGAUGGCUUACAAAAGAAACUUGACGACGAAAUUAUCAGACGUACCACUGUUGAAUCCGAGCUUAGAAUGUUUAAAGAUAGAAUGAUGUCGCUCAAGAGCAGGAAAGGAGUCGAACGUGUGGAAGAGAAGGAGGUUGUACAAUACUACCGCGAUCCAAAGCUUGAGGCAGAUUUGCUUGACUUUCAGAAAAAGAUCCACGAGGAGGCCUUGCGAAGAACUUCGACCCAAAGUGAGAUUGAGGUGCUCACCAGAAGGAUUACUAGUAUGGAAACAGAACUUAAGGGGGCUAAACCAAAACUGGUGACUAGAGAGGUGACUGAAUAUGAGAGAGACCCUCAGUUGGAUGUGGAGGCUAAAAGACUUAGGGAUGAGAUAAACAGAAUGAUGGAUGAGGUCCAGGUUAAACAUAGUCAAGGAGGUCAAUUGAAAACAGAGAUGAUCCUUCUGGAGCAAAAGAGGCCCACUAUUAAAGAAAGAGUAGUACAGAAGGAGGUGGUUAGAGUGGAGAAAGAUCCUGAGAUGCUCAAGGCUGUUAUGGCAUUUAAGAUGGACAUUGAAGAUGAGGGUGAAAGGGCUCGGUCUUUAAACAAUCUAAUAGUCCAGACAAAGAGUCAAAUCACCACUCUUGAGAGACUUAUCCCUACCUUGGAGCCCAAGUAUGUCACCAAAGAAGUGAAGACCAUUGAAAAAGACCCUGCACUUAUUAGUGAGGCCACCAGGCUUCGAUCUAGCAUAGAUGAAGAAAGACACCAGAAUAAACUGCUUCUUAAUGAAAUGAGUGAUCUUCAGGCACGGUAUACCCAAAUUGAGCAGCUCAAACAAAAGAUAGACAUCAAGGAGAUUGUUAACGAGAUUUACAGGAUUUCCCCAGAGACUGAAGCAGAAAUAGUACGACUGAGGAGAGAAAUCCAGGAUGCUUCCAGGCAGAGUUCUGAAUAUGAAAGAAAGGUGAAUUUGGUCAGAGUUGAUUUGCAAUCAAUCCGCUCUCAGAAACCAACAAUCGACUAUAAGGAAGUGGUUCAAGAGGUGGUAAAAGAGGAACGCAGUCCAGAAAAUGUGAGGGAGAUUCAAAAGCUCUCGGAUCAAGUCUAUUCCCUGCAAAGAACUUACAGUUCCUUAGAAGAUGAUUUGACCCGUCUAAGGAGAGAACGGGAUGACCUGAGGGCAGAGAAGACAAAGGUAGAGACUAGGGUGGUCACUAAAGAUGUAGUCAAGCAUAUCAAUGACCCACUUUUGGAGAAGGAAGCAGACCGUCUGAGGAAGGAAGUACGGGAUGAAGCACAAACACGCAGAACAAUAGAAGAAAUGGUAUUCGAUCUUCAGAACAAAUACAUAGUGCUGGAGAGACAAAGACCAGAGGAGAAGCUGGUAGUACAAGAAGUGUUGAGAUUGGAGAAAGAUCCAAGGCAGAUUAUAGAACUUGAGAGGCUAGGAAGGACUCUGGAUGAUGAAGUAAACAAUCGUAGGAAGGCAGAUCAGGAAGUGCAGAGACUAAGAGCUCUGAUAGAAGAUAGAGAGAGGACUAUUAGGGAAAGUGAUGAAAGGCAGAAAAAGAUACAAGUGGAGACAGAGUUGUCCCAAAUUAGGUACCGGAUCAACGAACUAGAGAAUGCACCGCCACCAGUUCAGGAAAAUAUUGUUAUGGAGGAAGUUCUGAAAGUAGAGAGAGAGCCGAAACUGGAGAAAAUGAUAAGUGGCCUGAGAACAGACUUUGACAAAGAGAGCAAUGAUGUCACGCGACUGGAGCGAGACAUUAGGAAUUUGAAAAUCCAGAUAGACAUCCUGCAAAAGGAAAAAUCCUUUGAGAAAACAGUCUACAAAGAGGUGGUCAGGGUUGAAAAAGACCCAGCAGUAGAGACUCAGCUCUCUCGCCUUAGAGAGCAGGUGCUCCAGCAGAGAAAUGCCAGAUUGGAUGUGGAAGAUGAAAUCCGUCGCCUUAAGGACAAACAGGAGCGACUGCAUAGCAGAAGAACAACAACUUCUCAAGAGGAAACUAAUCUUGUAUAUCACAGGGAUUCCCUUCUAAAAGAAAAACAGGAUCUCCUACGACAAAUGAAAGCUCUGGAGGGUGAUCAGAAAGAAAUCAGCAUCUCAUUCCAGCAGCAGUCCAGGUUAAUGAGUGAAAGAUCCCAAAUGAACAGGCAAAAGAGCAUAAAGAUGGAGUCUGAUGCUCAGCGCUUGGAGAGAGAAAUUCUGGAUGAGAAGGAUAGGAUUUACAAGAGGGAAAGCACCAUUGCAGAGCUCAGGAACAGCUUGAAAAAAGAGGAAAGUGUUUCAGAAACACGUACGCAAGAGAAAAACGUCUCUACCAGAAUUACCAUCCUGGACCCUGAUACUGGAAAAGACAUGUCACCAUAUGAUGCAUACAUUCAAGGGCUGAUUGAUCGCACCCAGUACAUGAAUUUGGAGGAGCUGGAGUGUGAUUGGGAGGAGAUCACUACAGUGGGGCCUGAUGGGGAGAUGUCUGUUUUGCAAGAUCGCAAGAGUGGCAAGCAAUAUUCCAUCAAAAGUGCUCUCAGGGAUGGCAAACUGACUCAGUAUGAGUUGCAGCAAUACAAGGAUGGAAAGAUACCCAUCUCAGAGUUUGCCCUUCUCGUGGCUGGAGAAAAGAAAAAGCCAUCUACAAUUACAUCCGUUACUAGCCAAAGAACUUCCCAGAAACCUCCCUCAUAUACAAAAACUGUCAUCAAUUCCCAUGAUGAGCAGCUCCCUAUCUGUGGGAUCUAUGACAAAGAUAGCGAUUCAGGCCUUUCAGUUCGCUCAGCCCUGGCCCGAAAGAUGAUUGACCAAACAACAGCUCAAAGGUUGCUGGAAGCACAAGCUGCCACAGGGGGUAUUGUGGAUGUUAACAACAGAGAAAGAUACUCAGUCCACAAAGCGUCAGAUCGAAGCUUGAUCGAGUCCACCCAGCUGCAGCGGUUGCUCAAUGCCCAGAAGGCCUUCACUGGGGUUGAAGACCCUGUAACCAAAGAACGUCUGUCAGUUGGAGAGGCGGUUCAGAAGGGAUGGAUGCCUAAAGACACAGCCAUGCGAUACAUGGAGGUGCAGUACCUGACAGGUGGCCUUGUCAACCCCAACCAAGCAGGCCGUAUAAGCGUUGCAGAUGCAGUCAAAGGCAAAAUGAUCGACAAUACAAUGAUGAGAGAGCUUCAGGACGACACAAACUACAUCAAGGACAUAGUGGAUCCAGUAACGAAGCAGAAAAUAAACUACAAGCAAGCAAUGGCACUCUGCAAGACAGACCCAUAUACAGGCUUCUUGUUGCUUCCAGCAGCAUCUACAGAAACGGCCUACAUUCCUUCAUACAAGAGUCACAGAUACAGCAAUUACUCUUAAGAAAUGUUUACAGCCCAAAGAGCAGAGCAAUUUCUAAAGAUUUUUCAAACUGUAAUACAUUAAAUAACUGUUUGUACUAAUAAUGCUUAGACUGUUGUAAAUCUCAGGAAAAAAAAAGUCAAAUCACACUACAUUAAUAAUAAUAUAUAAUUAUAUUUGACCACACAAAGUCCUCGAAGAUAGUAGUAAA